AGGAAAAAAACUGUGAGAAAAACUGAAGAGGUGUGUCAACAGCAGGUGUGUCUAAGUGCUGAAGUUUAUUCCCCCAUUGUCCUUGUGCGACAUGUGCUACAGGUAUAUAAAAGGGAGAGGUGUGAUUCAUGUGAUUCAGAUUUCAGCCCACCUGUGCAACGCUUACAUCAGUUUGAGGCUCCAGAACAAAAAUGAAGACUUGGCAGCUUCUUUUUGGGGUUAUUCUUGGGCUUCUUGCAGCUGUCCAUUCCACACCUUUAAGCACUGUCAGCAAUAUUCUUGCUCAACCAGAGGAGGAUGUUUUUGCUGAGGCCAUGACAGAAGAAUUCCUCAUCAAUGAACCGACCAGCCCUUCACCUACGACGGAAUCUUUCAAAACCAACACAACUUCUCAAGCGCCUCUAUUGUCAGAUUUUGUGACUGAGGGCAGUGGUGAAAUCACGUUCACUCAGUGGUUAGAAGGUAGCGGAGAAGAUCCCAUCGGAACUUCCGCUGUCCCCACACAGGACUCUUCACUCACAACUGAAUCAGGCGAAAACCCUGAAACCCCUCAGACGACACAAUGGCCGCAUCUGGAGUUCACCACUGAGGGCAGUAGCACAACAUCACCUUAUGAGUGGAUGGACGCCAGUGGAGAUGAUCCCAUUGGAACUUCAGCCGUCCCCACACAGGAUUUGACUCCAACUGAAUCAUUCGAAACAACCAAGUUCAUGAUGGAGGAAAGUGUGGUCACACCCUCCUCAGUGUUUGAUAGCACCACUGAAACCACAACUGAGAGCAUCACUAGUGUCCUUUCAGAAGAUUCCUCCUCAGAUUUAUCCAACAUCCAAACCACCCACUCUGAAUCGACCCCUUUCCCAGUACUACAAAGGCGUAAUUUUUUAAACGUAGGUUUUGAAAGAUUCAGCUCUAACCCUCUUCAUGACUCCGAACCUGAAACAGCCAAUAGUCAUUCAUCCCAUGGCCACGACAAAGUUCUACCGGUUGUAGGACACAGUAGACAAGACUGGCUCAUCAUUGUUGGAGUUGCUGUUGGGAUCAUGGCAUUGAUGGGACUAUGCGUCGCUGUGGCUACAAGAGACAAGUGGAACAAAAAAUCAUCAUCAAGUUCAGACAAAAACACAAAUCUCCAGAACCAGAAGAUGGAGAAAGAGAUGCAAACUUUCCUGACCAAAAGCGAGCCAAAAGAAAACGGACAGAACGGGGAGUACACAGUCAUUCCGCUGGCUGACAUUCCAGAGAAAUAUUUGUCAAACUGAAAUGCAGAGAAAAAAACUGGACAAUGGAAUCAUCGGACAAGGCUGUGAUUGAAGUGGAUGAACUAUCACGCAGCAAGAGACCCUUUU